AUGAUUCGGAUUCUGGACUUGAUAGCUGCUCAAUUGAAAAAAAUGGUUAAAGUGGAAACAAAGGUCGGUGAGUUCCACCCUUCCGGUCGUCACGUGGUCUCUCCACACGGAUAUCCCUCAAGCCGACAUUUUGGUAUUAAAUCGCGGAUUUUGAACCUCAACCCGCGUCGGGCUGAUGGAUUACCACACUCCCAGAGAAAUUCCUCGGAAGAAUCAUCGCCGGCUCAGUCACCGAAGCUGUCCGAAAAGAAAGAAGUGCUCACACAAGCGCCCGUGAAACUAAUCAAGCAAAGUGUGAAACUUGAAGAAAUCAGGAGCACGUGGACUGGACGACGGCGACGGGUCCCACGCCUCGGCGUCUCCGCCCUAAGUUCUAAGCCAAAGAUGGGCGCUGAGAAUUUUUCAAACAAAAAAUUAUUUCAUAUUUCUUCCAAAGAAAAGCAGUACAAGUCUAAUUGA